AUGUCGAAACUCAUUUCUAACCCUGCCCACGGCCCAGGGACCACUAGUCUUGCAUUCUCGAAGGACGGAUCACGCGCUUUCACAGGUGGCCAAGAUUGCAUAGUACGACUAUGGAGAAUGGACGAAGGCGCCGAGCAGGAGCCAGAAGUGGCCCCCGAUGCUGAUCUACCGGUCACCUGCAUUGCAGCUUGCGCGGACUACUGGCUUUCAGGGAGUGAAGACGCGCUAGUUCGACGGUACCUCAAGAAUACCAAUGAAUAUGAUGGGUAUGCUGCUUCUGUCAAUGGGGUGUCGGUGCGAUGCUUGGCCAUCGAUGCCAAGGGGAGAAGACUUGCUGUUGGUUCCGAUGAACUUUCUGUGAAGGUUAUAGAUAUGGAAGAUCCUGUGAACGUCAACAGCUUAGAAGGCCACCAGGGCGGAGUGCGGCGGGUGACCUGGCACCCUACGUUACCUGUAUUGGUAACUUGUGGCUGUGACGGUAAAAUUAUCAUCUGGGAUAUGUCCAAGGAGGAGCCCAACAUUGAGAAGCAGAUAGAUGGUAUCAUUCCUGCUGUCAGAGACACGGAAUCCUCUGACUUCUCGCAUGAUUGCUCUGCUGUUUGGCAUACAUCUGGCGAAUAUUUUUUCAUCAUCUCACGUAUUCAUGACGUCGUCGCUAUCUCACGUUCUGAAGGGACGAAGAUAUCGACCUUCUCUCACAAUGACGUUACCGGUGCAACCACUGCCCUAGCAAUAUCAGCUAACGGCGCUUAUCUUGCUUCGGCAACAACGUCAACAGUAUAUGUUUGGUCCACCACGACGCGACGCAUAGUGGCAAAACAGUCAACAAAUUCAAAUGCUAUCAUUACUCAAAUUGCAUUCUCGCCGAAGCAAAAUAUCAUUGCCUGGACAGAUUCAGGUGGCCAGCUCAUUCGCUGGAUCGAUGCUAUACCGUCAACGAUUCCUGAUCCCAUGAACCUGAUCAUCACAACGAAGAAUACCGCAAUCCAACAGCUUACGACAUCCUUAUUCGAUGAAGAUAGCAGAAUAGAUGACGUCCUAGAUACUGGCGACGCUGGUCUUAGUGACGAUGAUGAAGCUGAAGACAUGACGCAUUGGAACGGGCCCAGCGAUUUGAAGUAUGCGCAAGACGCCAAAGCACCUUUCAAAAACAAAGGCUACAUGGUGAAAGAAAUGGUGAGCAUUACGGAAGCUCAACCGCCGUUCCAAUCAGGUUCGACACCAAUGGAUAAUAAGAAAAGAUAUCUAGCCUAUAACACGAUUGGGGUCAUUGAAGUCACUGACCAGGAUAUUCAUAACAUCGUAAACAUUGAAUUUUUCGACCGCUCAACGAGACGAGGCCAGCAUUUUACUGACAGUCUGAAGUAUGAUCUAGGCUACCUCGGUGAACGGGGAGCUCUGUUUGCUUGUCAGCCCGAAGAUAACCACGUAGCCAAAGUGACAUUCAAGCCGUACGGAUCGUGGUCUUCUCAAAGUGACUGGUCCUAUGAUUUGAAAGGGCAAACCCGCGUUCUAGGUAUUGCGGUUGGGGGUAUUCCACCGUCUACCAGUCUUCACCAGGGCUCCGAGGAAGAUCUGAAUGGCCUUGGAAAUGUUGUUGUAGCUACCAACCAAGGAGACUUGACAUUCUUGAGUGGUACUGGGAGGGAGCGGCGAAUCAUUGGUCUGGGUGCCGAUUUUGUGUCGAUGGUUGCGGGAACGGAAUGGGUGUUCGUCGUUUAUCGUGCUGGUGCAGCUACAAUUGAUGGAUCCCAAAAUCUGUCUUAUAAGCUCAUCAACUUUGAUGAUUUCACUGUCCGACAGAGAGACGUUCUUCCCAUCCCAAAGAAUCAUACACUCAAGUGGAUUGGUGUCACCGACCAAGGGGCACCUGCUGUGUAUGAUUCAUCGGGACAGGUACACAUACUUAUGAAGUACCGAAUUCCGCACCACGGAUCCUGGGCCCGUGUAAUGGACACAAACUUUCUCGAAAGAAGGGAGGGAAAAGAUGAAUCCUACUGGCCCGUUGGGAUUACAGGAAGCACGCUGAUGUGCUUGAUUCUUAAGGCACGUUCUGGAAGACAAGAACAUCCCGGCUUUCCCAGGCCGCUUAUUCAAGAGCUCCCUAUGCGAAUGCCAUUCCGCAAUGACAAUGCCCUUGAAGAACAGGUAGAACGUAAGAUAUUGUUCCACGAUAUGGCAGUUGAUAUUCUCGACGAAGAGCUUACUACGGAAGAUAUUAUCGCAAAGGAGCGAGCCAUGGAUAAGGAAUUCCUUCAGCUUAUCCAAGGCGCCUGUAAAGGGGAUAACAUUCCGAGGGCGAUUGAACUAACGAAGCUAUUGCAUCACGUUAACUCCAUUGACCUAGUUGUCAAGAUUGCAGACUUCUACCAUAUGGUCGGAUUCAAAGAGAAAGUGCUCUUACUGAAACGGAUACACGAGGAAAGCGAAGAUCGCAUGUCGCUGGCUCGCGAGAAACGACGACGUUGGAAUAAAGCAGACCCUCCCUCUCGGCGCUUACCUGAUGCUGAGGAACCGUUCUCUGACCGGCGUAAAGCGUUUCAGGAUUUUGGACCACCACCUUCAAUACACAGACCCGGACUUUCUCGGGCUACUCCUACCGUUGAAAAGUCACGAUAUUCGUCUGUAGCUCCUGCAUCUACCCCGAAAUCAUGGGCAGAACCCACUGCUUCCGAGGAAGAUAUUACUUUAGAUGGCAAACGGAAACGCAAUCCUUUAGGAGAGUCACGCGGUGAUUUGAUGCCACCUCCGAAGCAAAAAUCGAAUCCAUUCGCCCGCAAAGCUGCACAAGAAAAUGGCCAGAAUCCUUUCGCACGAAAAUCCGACAUGAACAAAGUCAUACAGAAGAGCGAGAGCUUUUUUGAUAAAAUUGACGCCGCUGAGGAUCCGGGGAAGAAACGCAAGCAUUCGUGA